UAAAAGAAUAGCGAAACAACAGAGUAACACUCCUCAAAGCCAACCAAUUGUAGUCUUCCUGUUCUAGUUUUGCUGCUUCUCCUGUUUUCCCUACUUUUGCUUCCCCAGCUGCCUCUUAUCUACUUUUUGCCUACGUUAAACAGCUGUGUUUUAAGGUAAAAAAUCCGUUUGAGUUGGUUGUUUUGUUUUAAAUAAUCACAGUUAUCACAGUUAUAACAAUCAUCACAGUUAUAACCUGAUUAGCAUACCAUUCUUCUGGACUGGGCUACUAAUCAUAUCCGGUUUCAUCAUAUUCCUGGAAUUAGUUUUCUGAAAGUUAUCUUGAUUAAUUCUUGUUAGUAAUAAGCAUUAGAGGCUCAAUAUCAAAGCAGUUUCUGGUUGUUUAAUUAUUGGAAUUUUAAGAUUUGAUUUCUUUUCAUCUUCGAAAUAUUUUUUUGGUAUAUAUACUUCUUUUUUAAUUUCUAAUCAAAAUGUCUGCAAAUCUUGGAGAAUCUCGUUCAGAAUUACUUCAAUGGUUAAACUCUACAUUAAAUUUAAACUAUUCAAAAGUCGAACAAUGUGGUACUGGUGCAGCUUAUUGCCAAAUAAUGGACUCAAUAUUUAUGGAUGUGCCAAUGUCAAGGAUUAAAUUCGAUUCCAAGGCCUCCUAUGAGCAUUUAAAUAAUUUCAAAAUUUUGCAGCAAACUUUUCUUAGACAUAAAAUUGAAAAACCUAUACUUGUUGAUAAAUUAGUCAAAUGUAGAUUUCAAGAUAAUUUGGAAUUUUUGCAAUGGAUUAAGAGGUUUUGGAUGGAAAAUAAGUUUGACACCGAUUAUGAUCCUGAUUCAAGAAGAAACUAUUCUCCUCAAGCUAACAAUAGCAAUAGAAAUACUACGAAUAACAGUUCAAUAAAUGCUCAACAAAGAUCCAGGUAUAAACCAACGACAACAACUACCUCCAGUGCUACUGCCCGUCGUCCAAUAACUUCAACUAGAAAGCCAAUAACUUCGGCAAAUACAAGAACUGCUACGGCUUCUUCAAAUAGUAAUCAGCAAUUGAAUAAUUCUCGUCAAGUUAUUAAUUCAAGGACAACAUCUAGACCAACAAGCAAUAACUCGAUCAGACCAACUGGUAGAAUUUCAAGAACAAAUAAUUCUUCUAUAUCUGGUGGGUCACCAUCAACAUCAUCUUCAUUGAAUAACCAUUCUAGUGUUAAUUCGCAUAAUAAUUUGAGUAAUUUGAAUAAUAUCAAUCAAUUACAGUCUCAAAUACAAAAAUUGAAACAAGAAAAUGAACUAUUGAAAAAGGAAUUAAAUCAAAGCAAGACCGAUUUAGAGAAUCUUGAUCUGGAUAGCAAUAAUUAUAGAACUGCUGCUGAGGGAUUGGAGGUUGAAAGAGAUUUUUAUUUCAGAAAAUUAAGAUCAAUUGAAAUUUUAACUCAAGAUUAUGUUGAGCAUUUAAGUGAAAAAAUUGAGCAAUUAGAUCUAGACAAUUUGAAUAAUUUGAAUGAUCCAGAUAAAAACAUUACACCCAGAGAAUUGAUGGUGAAGGAUAUUAAAAUUGAGGACUUAUUAGAAAAGAUUCAAGAAAUUUUGUACUCAACUGAAGCUGGAUUCAGAGGACCAACAGAUGAAUUUGAAAAUGAAAAUGGAAUUGAGAAUCAAAAUCAACAUGCGCAUGAACAAGAACAUGGGACCUAUAAUGAAAAUUACAAUAGUAACUAUAAUGACAAUUACAAUAAUAAUUAUAACAAAAAUUUCAAUGAUGAAAUGAAUUUAAAUAAUCAUAAUAACCAACAAUAUGAUUUGAAUACUAAUAGUAAUAAUGUCAAUAGGAAUAGUUAUCAUAUUAACCAAGAAACUAAUAAGCAAAAUGGAGAAUUUGUGGAUGAUGAGCUUCAAAAUCCAGGUCAUGGUCAUAAUUUAAACCAAAAUCAGUUUGAACAUGGAAACUUCUCUCAAGAUCACCAAAUGUCAGUAAUUAACGACCCUGACACUUUUUAAGUUAAGAUAUUCAAAACGUUUUUUUAUUUUUUUAUUUUUUUAUUUUUUUUCAAUUACCAG